GACCCGUUUCUAUCAGACCCGAUCCGAUUCUAUUCGACCAGUUCAGAUCUUUUGGCGAUCUCGCUCGCAGCCCACAGCGGUGAGCUCGAGGAAGACGACGAUGGUGGCGGAUUCGUCGGUAUGGGUGCAAGCUUUGGUCCUCCUCCUCGCCUUGGCUGGCUUCUUCGGUCUCCGAUCCUUCCCUAAGCAUGUCAUGUCCCGUCUCCGCCGUCCCUCUCUCUCCCUCCAGUCCCGCCGCCACUUCUUCAACGGCGCCCAGCUACUCGCCCGCGCUCGCGCCUCUAGCAACAAAAGCAGCGGGAGCCGAUCCACCUCUGCCCUCGCGCGCUCCGCCUGUGACGAGGCCGACCGUGCUAUCGCCCUCGACCCCCGCGACGCCGCUCCUCACAUCCUCAAGGCCCUCGCCCUAGAUCUCCUCGGCCGCCACCACCCUGCCCUACGAUCUCUUGACACUGCCCUUGCGCCUCCGGUUUGCAAGUCUCUGGAACCCCGUGAGCGCGCCGACGCCCACUUGAAGCGUGCCGAGCUCCACCUUUCCCUCAAUCGUCGUCGCCGCCUCGAUCAGGCCAUCGCCGACCUCCUCGAGGCGGUUCGGUUCAACUCCGAGAAUGCCAAAGCCUUUUGCCUCCUGGGCGAGUGCUACGAGGAAAAGGGUUUACCGGAUGAGGCGAGAAGAGCUUACGAGACUGCGAUCGGGAUUGACGAGUCACUGAUCAUUGCCAAUGAGGCACUCCGUAAGAUGUCCUCCGCUAAAGUUGGGUCUUGAUAGAUAUCACUCACUCAGGUUUAAGAUGAGGCUUUGCAGUUCAGUGCAGUGGACUAGCCCAACAAUGAUUUUUGUGGAAGUGAUACGCCUCUGAUAUGAUAGAGUUUGAUACCAUUGUUCCGAUGGUCACUUGCAAUGCUUCAUCAUGUAAUUUAAUGGAUGAUCAGACUAGUAUGCGUGCGUUUUUUUUCUUCUUGUUUUUGUUUUUGUUAAUUUACUCUAGAGAUAAAUAGAAGGAUAUAUAGUUAAUUUACAAUUAAUAUUUCUUUCUCGUGCUGGUUGAUCUGCAUCA